AUGACGACUUCAUUUCCUCUUCUUCGUCUUCCGUACCUUGUACUCAUGCCUAUCUUGGAACAAAUGGCACUUCUGGAUAGAAUCGCACUCUCGGUUCUCUCGAAGCGAGCCAGAAAGUUUGUGAAACUACUCAAAAUGAAAUGUAACCAUAUCAAUUUGAGAUUGGAGGAUAAUAGAGUCGAGAUGAAAAUGCUUUUUGAUAAUAGUGAAGAAUUGAAAGUGUAUAUGUACAUCUAUAAAUAUAAAGUCGAUUUGAGAUAUGGAAAGAAUUACUUUGAACGAAUUAUCUCUUGGCGGCCCGGUACCCUAACUCCAAUGGACUACGUCCUUCCGAUUAUGGACAUCACUCACUGCAAAUCGAUUAAAACAUUGACAUUCCCAAAAGAAUCGGAACGCACUCCUGAAUACGACGCUCUUAUCCCACUCCUCAUAAAGCUUCCAAAAAUAGAUGAACUCAUUGUUGAGCACAUCACUUCAUACGUUUUUUCUCCGGACUCACCGUUUCGAGACGUUUUGAAAAUCGUUUUUCCAGUAUCUUCUGCAAUUAACGUUUACCAUAACGUCCAAAAACCCAAAUACACCCGAGAAAUUUUCAAAGGGAAUUUUGACGCCGUUAGUGUGAGUCUCUAUGGAAGUUACAUCGCAACGUUUCCUCUCAAUGAUUGGAGAUUUACGAAUGCUAAGACACUUAAGCUUGAUUGCUCAGGCUUCAAAGUAGAAGACCUAAACCAAUAUUUCAAGUUGUGGAUGAAGAAAAAGUGUAAUCCUAAAUUAGAAUAUUUGCAAGUGGCGACAAGAAGAGAGCUAAGCAUUGAAGAAAUGAAUCUCCUUUUAAAAGGACUCAACGCUGUUCAAAUGCCCAUUAGAACGGAUAGAACAUUCCGGGUGUUGGGGAAUAUAAAACAGUUCAAUUCGAAUGACUCGAAAGAGGAGAUUAUUAGUGAGUUUGAUAUAACAAGAGCCGACGGGAGACGAGCAACAAUCAGAAUUUCAAAUCGUCGAACCUUUUGUUUCUACGUUUGGCCAGAAUCUACUGAUGAGACAACGAAUCUUGAGGCAAAUCAGUCUUCAUUCACGCGUGUAUUUUCUCGGGUUUCCACUUUUUACAAUUCAUGUGUUGAACGGUUCAAAUAA